CGUUGGCCGUGCAUGCGUAGUGAGCCGUUGCGCGAUCCUGAGGCGGUGUUCGUCGCCACUCUCCCCCCGGCCGUUUCCUGCCCGCUGUAUGAAACGUCCUGUGUCCGCACUUAUAGGAGUCUCACCCUCUUUUGCCAAGAUGCCUUUGGGAUUCUCUGCAAGGAUCACCCGCUCCGAGGAUGGAAGCGAGGGCUUCCUGGAGGGAUUGGUAGAUUGGGAGCUGAGCAGACUGCAGCGACAAUGCAAGGUGAUGGAGGGGGAAAGGAGGGCCUACAGCAAGGAAGUACACCAGCGCAUCAACAAGCAACUCGAGGAGAUCCAGCACCUGGAGCAGGUGCGGGCAAGGCUCCAGGUACAGAUCAGUAUUGCCCAGAGCCAGGUCAAGCGGCUUCGGGACAGUGAACUACUGGAGAACAUGGACCGCCUGCUGAAGUGCCGGGCCAGAGUGCAGGACGAGGUCGAGGAGCUGCAGGAGCAGGCCAGAGCCCUGGAUAGGCAGAUCCAGGAGUGGGAGACCCGGAUCUUUACCCACAGUAAGGAUGGCAAGUCCCCAGGAUUUAUCAUGGAUCAAAAAGUCAAGAUCCGGCGAAGGAUUAAGGUCCUAGAAGACCAGCUAGACAGGGUCACCUGUCACUUUGACAUCCAGCUGGGGCGGAAUGCGGCCCUGCGGGAGGAGCUGGAUCUGCUGCGUAUUGAGAGGAACCACUAUCUGAACGUGGACUGUAAACUGAAGAGGGAGAUCCAGGUACUGCGGCAGAUGGUUGGCGCCCUCAUUGUCUCCUCCACCUCCGCCUAUGCUGUCAGGGAAGAGGCAAAGGCCAAGAUGGGCAUGCUGCGAGAGCGGGCAGAGAAGGAGGUGGCCCAGAAUGAGACGGAGGUGCAGAUCUUGCAGCGGCAGAUAUCACACCUGGAGCAGCUGCACCAGUUUCUCAAAUUCAAGAACAAUGAUAGGCAGCUGGAUCCAGCCAUCAUGGAGAAGCCCCGGGAGGUGGCUGAAGGCCUCCGGAAGACCUCCCAGGAGAAACUGGUGCUGCACUACGAAGAUGCUCUGAAUAAGCUGUCCCAGCUGACUGGGGAGAGUGACCCGGACUUGUUGGUUCAGAAGUAUCUGGAAAUUGAGGAGCGCAACUUUGCUGAGUUCAACUUUAUCAAUGAGCAGAACUCACAGCUGGAGCAUCUGCAGGAAGAGAUCAAGGAGAUGCAGGAGGUUUUGGUGACUGUGCGAACCAGCGAGGAUAAACAGCACCUGCUGCAGGAGCAGCAGCAUGCGGCGUUGCAGCAGCGUGUGGAUAAGGUGCGCUUGGAGGCUGAGCACCUGGAGGCCCGUUUCCAGGACUUACAGGGGCAGCUGGAGAAGCUCAAGGCUGGUAUCCAGUUCCUCGUCACCAAGGCCCAUUGUGACAGGAGCAUCAUUGAUGACCUUCUUGGGGUCAAGACCCACAUGCGAGACCGGGAUGUGGGCCUCUUCCUGGGCAUCAUUGAGAAGCGACUGGUGGAGCUCCUGACAGUGCAAGCCUUCCUAGACACCCAAAGCUACAGCUCCUUGGCUGAUGCUGCCCUCCUGGUGCUGGGCCAGAGCCUUGAAGAUUUUCCAAAGAAGAUGGCUCCACUUCAGCCCCCUGACAAUCUAGAAGACCCCCCAGGUUUUGAGGCCAAAGGUGACUAUCCCAUGAGCAAGGAGGAGCUGCUGAGCCAAGUGGUGAAGUCGGUGGAGCUCCAGGAGCUGGCUCAGGAGCAGCAUCAGAAGGAUUUGGCUGAAGCCGGGAAGAAGAUGGACAAAGCUCCAAGCGUGGGCUUCUCCACCACCCAGGCAGACAGCUCAGGCACUGCCCUGGUGACCACCAGGAGCACUGGUGGUGUCCCUGGGUCCAUCUUGAGCCACAGGACUAGCAGAGGCCGUGGCAGCAGCUCUGCCGGCCACAUCACUUUUGGCAUCCCCAGUUCUAGUAUGGGCCAUUUGACCAACCACACUACCCUUGGUGACCCCAGCUCCAGUGGAGGCCAUAAGACCUUUGGCUCCACCAGCACCAGCAGGGUACCUGUGUCCAGCCAUGUCUCAAGUGGGAGCCACGUGACCUUCAGACCCCUAAGUUCUAGCAGCUUCCUGGGGUCCACUGGAUACUUGGGGUCCAGUGGAGGCCAAGAAAGCUUUGGAGGUGGUAUAGAGAGCAGAGGCACAGAGUCAGAAUUGAGUGGAGGCCUUGGGUCCAGCAGAGACCAUGUCGUGAGCGCUGGCCCUGCCUCCAGCACUGGUCCUGGCUCCUCCACCAGCAAAGACUCCCAGGGCUACUACUAGGGAUACUCAGCCCCUCACCCUGCCCCUGGCUCUUUGCAGGUCUUUUCUGUGUCUCUGCCUCACUAUUUGUUUUGUGACUCUUCAUCUUUCUCUCCCAGUUCUAGGCCUCUAUGUCUCUUUGCCCCUCAUUUGUUUCCAUGUGUCUGUCACUGUCUCCUCAUCUCUGUCUCCUGGUCCUUUUCUCUCUGUUUCUGGCCCUCCUUUCCUUUUGUGUCUCCCAGCCUCCUGUUCUCAUGGUUUUCCAUUGAGUGUCUCUCUCUUGUCAUGUCUUCCUCCCCAUCUGUGUCUCCUUAGCCCUAAUCCCUCUGUUCAUCCCCCCACCUCCUGUAUCUGCUUCCUCAUUUCCAGCUGCCUCUCCUCAUCUCCAUCUCCCAGGCUGUCUUUGCAUCUCAUGUCUUUGUCUCUAUAGCGUCUCAUUCCUCACCCUCCCCAAGAGCCCCCCAGUACUGACCAGUGGGGAAAAAAUCAGAGCAAAGUUGUCAGGUUCAGAAUGAGUCGUGACCAUGGGAAAUAAAGGUCAGAGCCUGACUUUUACCCCAGCCUGGUUACAAGUGUAUGUGUGAGAGCAAGCCUGAGACAUGGCUGCUUCCUCUACCUCUAGCCCAGGGGAAAAUUUGUGACCCUGUCUCCCCUCUUGCCCCCUCCCCUGGGUGGAGCUUCCUAAUCCUUGCCAUUCAUUCAUCCAUCCAUUCAUUCAUUUUUUUGAGACCUCCACAUUUCAAGCUGUAGUGGGGAACUGGGAAAUAUAUCAGUGAGGACAUGCUGGGUUAUGCUGCACUAACAACCAUAUAAUCUUAGUGGCCUAAUGCAGCAAAAGUUUGUUUCUCUCCAAUGCCAGUGGUCCAUUGUGGGUCAGCUAAGAGCU